AAUUAAAUUAAUUCAAAAAAACCCUAAACAUAACCUCAACUCUGGUCGAAUUCUAACCUCAAAAAACAAAACGAAGAAUAAUUCUAGGCAUUUCAUUUUUUUAGGCUCUUAUAUGAAUGAUGGGGUAAUAAUAACGUGCCUGUGGCCUCUCAAUAAUGCAAAAUUGUGAUUCAAUUCUAAUUUAAAAGUUGCCUAAACAUAACCUCAAUUCCAUAACAUGUCUGCAGCCUCUGAAGUGAAUCUUAAACAAACUUUGCGCAAGUUAGAAUUCCCUCUUUGUGCUAAAGAAGCCCUAAAUAAAAUAGGUGAGCUAAUAUGCGGCCGCAUCACCAGUAUCAAAAAUAUGGAUUUAGCCCUCAAUCUGAUGUCCGAAUUUAUUUUCUACGAGGUAGAUCGGCGGGGGAACAAGCGCACCUCUCCACUUUCUGCCCUAAUGGAGCUGCAUUUACUCGAAAUAUUAUUUGAACAUUUUAAUAGCCUUUCAAAUGAAGCGGCCCGAAACACAGUUUUCUUGUCCCUGUUUAGUGGCACCACUGCGAUGCAAAGAUCGGGGAUUUUAAGCAAAUUAGUGUCUUUAGCAAUCGGAAUUCCCUCACCAGCAAUUCUAACUUCUACAAGUACGUGGAUGCAGCAGUUGGGGUGCACUUCUGUGAACAGUUGUAAACUGGCAGAAGCUAUAGUUUAUGACUAUUUCCACCUCGUACCUGCCGCUUCUGAACGAAUGAAAACUUUACCAGACGUCGCCCCACAAUUUACCGCUAAUUUCCUGACUGCAGUUGCUGAGAAUUACUACAAUUCGAAAAAUAAAGUUCAAACGUAUCCUUCGGAAGGUUUGCUUCAAACGAUAACGUUUUGGAUUUCGCAAAAUGCGUUUUUGUGCAUAGCUGCGCAACAGAAACAAGCCGCACUGCCGCCGGGGGCUAUCGCAAUGGAGGCCACAACAGCGAUUGCAGGAUUGAUCAGAUGGUGCACUUUGGCGCCUCUACAUGACCAAGACUCAGACUUGUAUUGUCACUUACACUUAGCGCUCCUCAACAGUAUCCUUGAAAUACCACAAACACAUCCCCCUAAGGCAAUUAGUGCCCAACAUUUGGCCCUGGCGUUGAGACACAUUUUGUUGGCCAGUAACAAACAACAACCGAAUUUACAAAUCGCAUUAGACAGAUUUGCGCAAGCUGUGCAAGUUGCACUCUCCACAAAAUGUGUCUAUGGAAAAAUAGAUGACCUCAUAAACCAACUACAACAACUUCCUUUUAAUAAACUCAUGAGUAUUAUCAUAAACACACACAAAGAGUCUAAAUAAAUUUUUAUUCCACGAUUAAAA